AUGACAAAUACCCACCCCCAGUUUGACAUCCUCGGACUCACCGUCGCACUCUCCCCCGAAAAGCUCGCCGAGCUCAAGACGCACUUCAAGCACGUCUACUACUACCCCCACGAUGGCAAAGAGGAACUCCCAAAAGAAGCAGCUGCCGAGGUAGAUGUGUGGUACUGUAGCUGGCUAGGUAUCCCCGAGUAUAUCAAAUACGAGGAUGUGCCAAACCUGAAGCUCGUACAGCUUACUAGCGCUGGUGCUGCUCUUGCCCUCAAGUCUUCUGUACUCAGCGGGAAAGAGGCUCAAGAGAAUAUCAUUAUAUCCUCGGCUUCUGGAAUCCACUCGACGGCGAUUCCCCAAUGGAUCAUUGCCCAAAUCAUCACCUUGUAUCAACAGCUCCAUCUGCAAAACUUCAACCACCGGACCAAUCAGGUAUGGACUCGCAACAUCCCUCAGCUGCCCGAGUACCACACUCAAGGUUUCGGGCGAUCCCUCUACGGCAAGACAGCCGGUCUCUUGGGCUACGGCCACAUUGCUCGCGAAACUGCUAGGCUUCUGAAAGCAUUCAACGUCAACGUCAUUGCCGCCAACUCCAAGGGUGACAAGAGGGUCGACGAUGGGUACAUCAUCCCCGGCACCGGCGAUGUCGAGGGCGACAUCCCCUCCGCGUACUACUCCACCACCGACAAAGCGUCUUUCAAGACCUUCUUGGGAAAGUCAGAUAUCUUGAUCGCCAGUCUGCCGUCGACGCCUCAGACUCAGUGGCUGUUGGGAGAAGAGGAGUUUGCUCUCCUUCCUCCCGGUGCCAUCUUCAUCAACGUAGGCCGAGGCGACCUCGUCAAGAGCGAAACAAUCCUCUCCGCCCUCUCCUCCUCCCACCUCUCCGGCGCCGCCCUCGACGUAACAGACCCCGAACCCCUCCCUCCCCAACACCCCCUCUACUCCCACCCGCGCGUUGUCGUCACUGCUCAUACGAGUUCAAGCAUGGAGGGUCUUGGGUACAAUGAUGCGGGGGCAGAUUUGUUGAUUGAUAAUGUGCGAAGAGUAAGGGAGGGGGGGAGGGAAAGGGCUAUCAAUGAGGUGGAUGUUGAGAAGGGAUAUUGA